UGUAUACUGAAAAGGAGGUGUAGGUGUGAUAGAAACUUUACAGUUGAAUCUGAAAUUCACUCGUUCAUCUUGGUGGAAGUGUAGCUGCUGUGGAUUUGUUUGGAUCAUCAUCAGUUCGUUUAGAUCAUGAGUGGUGAAUGGCCGUUAGGUGGAGGGACUCCAUCAGAAGAGGAGGAGAAACACGAGGAACUCUGGGAGCGCGUGGAAGGAGUCCGACACAAACUGACUCGCAUUUUAAACCCGGCAAAACUCACGCCGUACCUGCGUCAGUGUAAGGUCAUCGAUGAGCAGGACGAAGACGAGGUGCUGAACUCCAGUCAGUAUCCACUGAGAAUCAGCAGAGCUGGUCGUUUAUUGGACAUUCUGAGGGGGCGUGGUCAGCGUGGUCUUGAGGCCUUCAUGGAGUCACUGGAGUUUUACCAUCCUGAACAAUACACACAACUCACCGGACAACAAGCUACACAACGCUGCUCCAUCAUGCUGGAUGAGGAGGGUCCAGAGGGUUUGACGCAGUUUCUGCUCGUCGAGGUGCGUAAGUUGCGCGAGCAGUUGCGCUGUAGUCGUUUGUGUGAGCGCCGUUUCUCUCAGCGCUGCCGUGUGGCCGAGGAGGAGCGCAGUCGAGCUGAACGUAAAGCACAAGAGCUACGAAUGGACAGGAUACAACAGGAGAGGUCGAGGCAGGAUAGCGAGUCUUGUAGUCGUCAGUUGGGUUUAUUAAAGGAUCGGCAUCUGGAACAGGCUGUGAAAUACUCGCGAGCACUAGAGGAACAACGCAGAGCCACAAUGCGCGAGAGAGAACUACUCGCUGAGGUGGAGCAGCUCAGGAAGAAACUGCAGGAGGCAGAGAGACGAGAUGGCUCCACCCCCUCUGCAACCAAUCAGAUGAGCUCUGAGGUGUGUAACAGCGCCCCCGCAGCACAGGAGCACUCAACACCACUCAAUGUGAGAACACGAGAGCCCAUGUGUGGAAAUCAGGCUCUGUUAGAUAUUCUGCAGCAGGAUCGUAGAGAGGCAACAGAAGAGCGGCAGGAGUUGUGCAGCACCAUCGUCACACUGCAGGGGGAGCUGGAGAGCUCAGAGGCACAGAGAGAGAAGCUGUCGUUUCAUUGUGAGCAGUUGAAUCUGAAGGUCAGGACUCUACAGCUGGACUGGGAGACUGAACAGAAGAGGAGUGUAUCGUACUUCAACCAGAUCAUGGAGCUCGAGAGAGAGAGAGACCAGGCUUUGCACAGCCGUGACAGUCUGCAGUUGGAGUUUACUGACUGUCUCCUGGAUAAAAACCAUCUGCGCAAGCGAAUCGCAGAGCUGCAGUGCAGUCUGGAGCAACUGCAGAGAGAGGCUGAGCGAGACAGGGACAAGAGAGUGCAGAACGCCCCCUGCCUGCACUGUUCUCAUUUGUCUCUGUUCAGUGAGGAUCAGUGUUUCGGACCAUGCUGUUCUGCUGAUUUAAGCCCCAUUCCACAUUCACGCCGAACACAGUUUAAGUCGCCCUCUACAGUUCAAAUCAGUGAGCAGUCUGAAGAUUUAUACUGCUUACAUUCAGAGGAAAUUCUGCUCACACCGGAGUGUAACACAGAGAAGGAUAUCAACAGACUGUCGACAUUUCCAUUUCCACCCUGUGUGAACUCCAUCAACCGCAGAGUGAACAUAGAGUUUGAUUUGAACUCAUGGGGAAGUGAUGAGACUGAGCCAAACACAGAGGAUUCAGACUCGUGUCUGUUCAGUUCAUGGAGUUCUCUACCGUCUCAUCUCUUUCUUCCUGACAUCAACGUGACCCCGACCCUUCCUGACCCUAAACCAUCAUCAUCUUCAUCAUCACUGGUGUUAUCUCCAGUACUCUCUUCCUCACCUAAAAGCCUCAGUCUCGCUGAUGACAUCACUAUCGUCGGUGGCAACCGGACGGGUAUAUUUGUGCAGUCGGUGAGGGCGGGCUCGCGUGCGGAGCAGUGUGGUCUGAAAGAGGGGAGUGAAUUACUGGAGUUGAAUCAGGUGUUGUUUGGGGACGGUCAUGUUCUUCUCAGUCAGUGUACAGCAGAAGUGGCUCAUUUCUCUCUGCAGUGGUGGACUGAACCAAACUCACUCAAACACACACACAACCAGGAGGGUUAUUCUGGUUUACUGGAUGAACUGUCGUCUUCAUCCUUCACUGGUGCUGAUUCGUUCUAUGUGCGUGUGAACCUCAACCUCUGUCCCCUUGGUGACCCGCCGUGUCUCAGAGUUCUGUGUGACGAUGUGCUUCAUGUCACUGACACCAGAUAUAAUGGCAAAUAUCAGUGGCGCUGUGUCCGCGUGGACAAAGAUACAGCUACACCACUGGAGACCGGAGCUGUGCCUAAUUACAACAGAGCUCAACAGCUGAUGUUAGUGAGACUGCGUACAAUGACACUAGAACAGAAUCUAUAUAGGAGGAAGUUCUGUAAGAAAUCUCCUGAGCGUGUCCGGCUGAUUAAAGCCGUCGCUUCAAACUAUCGUGCAAUCAGCUCGUCCAGUCCAGUGCUCUUCACACUCAACAACCGUCAUGAGGAGCAGCUGAUUCCCUUCAGUCUGGUUCAGUUGAUCCAUGUGUCCAGUAAACGUCCGGUGGUUUUCUCUCCAUCUCUUUUGUCUCGUGGGAUCAUCGAACGUCUGCUGCAGCCGGCCGAAUCCGGUCUGGAGUUCAACACCUGCCAACCAGAGCCAUUAGACGGUUGUGUCCUUCAGGAUAAAAGUGUUUUCCUCUUAGACUCGUCAGAUCAACCAAUGGGAAUCAAACUACACAGUAUAAAUGAGGUUAUUAACCAGGAUAAACACUGUCUGCUUCAGUUGGGUUUGAACAGUGUGGAGAAUCUCCUGAAGCACAACAUCUACCCCAUCAUCAUCUACAUCAAACCCAAAGACAAGAAGGGCAGGAAGUUCAGGAAGCUGUUAUCGGGUCAGAAGGAGGAUCAGGUGAUGGAGGUGUGUCAGAUGGAGGAGCUGCAGUUGGAGUCUCUUCCUCUGAUGUUCAGUACGGUGGAGCCGAACACAUGGAGCUGCACAGACGAUCUGCUCGCGGUGAUCCACAGCACCAUCAUCAGUCAGCAGACAGCGGUGGUGUGGCUGGAGCAGGAGCGCGUACAGUAGAGUCAAACAAACACCACAUGAGACGCAUCUUAAUAUCAGGUGGAAACAGGGUCAUAGAGUCACGUAAACAAUGAUAAAUACAGAUAUUACAAUAAAUCUGACCAUAUCAUCGAGCAUAGUUAGGAGAGAAACAUAAAGAGACCCAUCAACUGUUAAAGAGAGAACACUUCCUCUAUCUUAUAUUGUUGAUAAAGGCUGUAGCGUCCAAUCAAACUUUGCAUUAUGGGUCAUACUAAGACAAUAUUCAUCACAGUAUUUGUUUAUGUGUUAGUCUGUUGUAUUUGCAUUAACAGAAUUUCAGCUAAUGUCACUGUCCAACAUUUCAACAUGUGAUUCUCAAGGCCACGCUUGUGUAUUCUUGUAUGUAGCAAAAGCAGUUGAGAACCAAAGAUUUUCUCUCUGUGUUGUAGCUCAUAAUGUCUGAGAUAUUUCCUAAUGUGAACUCUGUAUGUGUGCUUUAUAUGAAUGUUUAUUAGAUCUGGUGCUGGAAGUUUACAACAACAUAUGCAUAUUUCAUUUCUGGUAUUUGAGCCCUUAUUUAUGUGAUCUUUACUAUUAACUUUAUAAUAGUAGUUCACUGUUAUAGCUGUAAGAUUGACUUUGUUAUUAAUCGCAGAAUUACAGAUCUCCACCGUGAUGACCUCUGACCUCUGAAGUGUGUAUAAUCAGUAGGGUUGCCAACAUUUUCCUGCAUUUUGUGUCUUCAUUAAGGGACGUUUUGAGCCCUUUAAGCACUUAAAUAUACAGUAGGACGGGCAAUUUCACUCAAAUACAGAAUGUCUCAGCUAAUACGUUUAACAGUUGGCAACCCUAAAUAUCAGCCAGUUUCUGAGAUUCAGGUACUCAAUAAUGCCUCUAUAAACAGAAGACCAAAGUCAAUGUUCUUCGAUAACUCAUGAGUAAUGUCUGUAACCAUAGUGAUGGACUCACCAGCGUAUAAAGCCUUUGUAUUGUGUCUUUCACUGUUUCAUUUGAACUGUUUCGCAUUUCGGGACACUCUGGCUGCUGAUGUAAUGACUGCAGAUACGUUCAUAUUAACCCAACUCGCCCCGUUAUUCAGUAGAGACUCCUGAAAACACUUGAGUUACACUGUAGAUCAUCAUCAUCAUCAUCACUGUUUCAUAACUGAAGAGUGUGAACAGAAUGUAUUUAGAAACAAACAUGACUGACAAGAGCAAUCUGCUGCUGUUUGGACAUUACAGAGUGAUGUUAAACAUGUGCACAACCACAUUAAAACCGCCUGUGUGUUACUCGUGAGUGUUCAGAUUAAAAC